AUGCCUCCCUCGCGCACUAUACCCGCUGCCGUUCGUCUGGCAUACGCUGACCUCCAUCUGGCUCCGACCCUCAGAGAAACGUUCGUGGAUGAUGCCUUCGACGUCGACACCAACCGGGAGUUUGAAGAGGCCGAGGCCGAGCUGGGUUUAUUCGACGAAGGUGUCGAGGAUGACUUUGAGGCGCCCCUUGCUGGGCCUGUUGCGCACAUGCAUGACGCAAGUGAUUUUGACCAUGCAACGUUGCGCGAUGUUGUGCUCAACAGCAUCGAGGCGCCUGAUCUGCCAGCAAAGGUGGCCGAUCUCUCAGCUGAAGCGAAGCGCAAGCACAAGCAGCGCACCAUUAACCAGCUCAGUCGCAGCCAUCUGUCCGCGCCCGAUGCUGCGCUCCAGAUUGCCGUCCGCCGCAUUCUCUAUGAGGCAGGCAAAUAUAUCCAACGCGGAGAUAAACUCAAUGUCCUCGAGUUUCUCCCCGGAAUCCUUGGCGCUCAGGCUCGCGUUCGCCAACUUCACUUGCAGCCCUCCACCACGGACGACGCUCGGCGUGAGCGCUUGAUCCUUGGCCGGCUUCGUAAGGCAAUGACUCUCGAAGGCGCCGACGACGACUACAAGCGCGGUGUCUUCUCAUCGUACAUCAAGAAGGCCGUGAAGAUGUACUGCGACGUCAAGAACAACAAACCCUUCCUCACAUUUGGUGCCUAUCGCGCCCAGCGCUGCAGCCAUCUUCGAUUGAUUGCCGGCCUGUGCGAGGAGCGCGACCUCUUUCUCAUUGGAGAUCCCGUUGCCACUGCCUACCGAGAGGCGCGAUACAACAUCCUCGAACAUGGUGCCCCUGUAGUAUGCUCCAACCUUGCCGGCACUUUAGGCCUCGAGGGAUAUAUUGAGGACGAGGACUAG